UUGCAAGAGGGAGAGAGAGGGAGAGACUCGCAGAAGGGUAGGGAGUGCAGUGCUCUUGCUGGGAAACAGGCCAUACCCGUUAGUUGCGUCUCGAGUACCACAUCAAUGUAGCUGCAGCUACCGGGAGAGCAGAGCACCGGCAGUGCGGGGGACAGAGCUGCUGAUCGCAGCGCGCUACUCUCGAGCAGAAAAGCGUGCUUACAAAACCACGGGAAGCAACGGUGGGAAAACAAAUUGCACACUUUGAAGAAGAGAAGCUGAAGAGAGUAUCGGAGAGAGAAAAGUUACCGGGUCAGCAGGAGUGGAAGCGGAGCAUCUGAGACCAAGGGGGUUCCCACUUGCAACUGGGAACAUAUCAAGCGAGGAUCUAGAGAAAAUAUAUUUUGUCUCAAGACAUGAGUAAUACUCUGAACGGGAGCAUCAAGCACAGCUACUUAAGCCAGACAUCAGCAGGAAGCCUAAGCAGUACAACUCCACUGACUUCGUCACCGGACCCUUUCACAUUCAAAUUACUCGGCUCAGCUGUGUGAUUUGCGGUGGAUGUAAUUUGAUUUUUUUCUGUGUCUUCUUCAUCUUUAUUUCUGCUUGGGAAGCAGUGGGGACUCAUAGGGCACUGUCCUGUCCCCUCCGAGACUAUGUUAGACUGUGCAUCAGGGAGAUCGUCAUCGGCAGCAGUAGCCUUAGAGCAUGGAGAAGUCCAGCAGUGAGGAGUCAGCUAUUCAUCGUAGCCCUUCAGUAGAAAGCUGUGACUCUGAUUUCCCCCAAGCCUCCACAUCCGGCCGCCCAUUCGGUGGCCGCGGAUUCACUGCCGGUGCUUUCUACGGCUCCACGGGGCCACGUAAAAACACACAGCAGGGUCAGGCUGCGACAGCAGCAGCUGAGGCCGACGCAGGAGACAAGAGCGACAACAAGUACAGCUCACCCAAAGGGAGCAAGUACGUGGUCUUUUACCUGGAUCUAUCCUUUGUGUUCCUUUUAGAAUUCAAGAAGUUUAACAUGGCAAGGGGCUGCCUCUGCUGUUUGAAGUAUUUGAUGUUCGUCUUCAAUCUCAUCUUCUGGUUAUGUGGCUGUGGGCUGCUGGGUGUGGGCAUCUGGCUCUCCGUGUCUCAGGGCAGCUUUGCAACCUUCUCACCCUCAUUCCCCUCCUUGUCAGCUGCCAACAUGGUAAUCGCCAUCGGCACCACUGUCAUGGUAACAGGCUUUCUUGGUUGCCUGGGUGCCAUCAAAGAGAACAAGUGCCUGCUUCUGAGUUUUUUCAUCAUACUGCUGAUAAUUCUCUUGACAGAGCUGAUAUUACUCAUCCUGUUCUUCGUGUACUCAGAUAAGGUGAGUGAGAAUGCGAAACAAGAUCUGAAGGACGGGCUGGCUCUGUACAACUCUGAAAACAACAUUGGCCUGAGAAAUGCCUGGAACAUCAUCCAGGCUGAGUGGAAGUGCUGCGGGGUGAUAGCUUACACCGACUGGCAUGAGGCCCUGAAAGAGAAGGUCGUUCCUGACCGCUGCUGCCAGGAGCAUUACCAGAACUGUGGGCGUAACUCCACAAACAUGUUUUGGAAUCGGGGCUGCUUUGAGAAAGUAGAAGAAUGGCUUGAUGACAACAAGCACAUGCUGGGAACCAUAGGCAUGGUCAUCGUGGUUGUGCAGCUUCUGGGCAUGGCAUUCUCCAUGACGCUUUUCCAUCACAUCCACAGAACAGGGAAGAAGUAUGAUGCCUAGCCUCUGGAGAAGAGGCCCAUCAAUUCCUGAAGGGAUGGAAAUCUGAUUUGAUCUGGAAAUCUGAUGAACCCCCUGGUCCCGCAUCAUCGCUGCCAAUACAUUACAACCAUCCUUUGACUCUGCUCCCAGACUUUGUGUGCAGAUUCCAUGUGUCGCCUAUCCGGGCUCUCUCCUUUCGCCACUCAUUUUUGCCAAAGAGUAACACAACUGGAAGAGGAGAAGGGACAAGUCAUUUGGCACUGAAGAGAAUCUUGUUGGUUGUCACUCCUUCUUUAUUUUUUUUUAAUCAUUUUCUUUCUUUGCUUGGAAUAACAAUUUGCUGGAGGGAAGCGCACACAGACACAAAGACAUUUAAGACUUGCUAACACUCCCCACCCAUUGGGGAAAAGAAAAAAAAAACUCCUCACCACCUAUUUCUUGUGGAGUAUUUUGACUUUCCUUUAUGCUUACAAAAAAAAAAUUGACCCCCAUUUUCAUUUGUAAAUGGAAAAAAAACCUUAAAAGGCAUGCUAGUUUUCUACUUCACCGACUUACCUUCAAAUCCUUUAUCACCCUUUUUUUCCCGAAAUACUUUUUUUAUGUGUGUGAUGCUCCUGUGGAAUGUAAGUACAAUAUAGUGUGUGUUGCAUUUAACGUGAAGACAUGUCAGGAUGGUGUUUAUUAUGAUCCAUGAGUCGUAUAUUUUCCCUUUGACGAGCAUUAUGGGUAAAGUGAGGGGGGUUGAAGGAAGUUAUUAAAGGGAGAAGAAUCAUUUUGUACUAAA